AGCACAACUCCUCUCGGUACAAAAGUCAAAAAUUUACAAAAAAAAGGAUAUCAAAGAUAUCAUUGAAACCAUGAGAACAGCACAUUCACAAAGUAUCAUACUUAUGGAUCUUCGAAGAUAUAACUUUAUUCGAAAAAAUCUUGAUCAUUAA